AUGAUCUCCAAACAGAGCAUCCGAGGAGGGUCCCGGGGCUUCAGCGGCAGCUCGGCUGUUGUGGGUGGGAGCAGAAAGGCUGCCUUCAGCUCUGUCUCUGUGUCUGGGGGUGCAGGCCGCUGCUCUUCUGGAGGCUUCGGCAGCAGGAGCCUCUACAAUCUUGGGGGGAACAAGAGCAUCUGCAUGAGCGUGGCCGGCUCUCGUCAAGGUGCCGGCUUCGGCGGUGCUGGAGGUUUUGGAGCUGGCGGCUUUGGUGCUGGUUUUGGUGCUGGCAGCUUUGGCGGUGGAUUUGGGGGCUCCUUCAAUGGUCGAGGUGGUCCUGGAUUCCCUGUCUGCCCUGCUGGAGGCAUCCAGGAGGUUACCAUUAACCAGAGCCUGCUGACCCCACUCCACGUGGAGAUUGACCCUGAGAUCCAGAAGGUUCGGACCGAAGAGAGGGAGCAGAUCAAGACCCUCAACAACAAGUUUGCCUCCUUCAUUGACAAGGUGCGGUUCUUAGAGCAACAGAACAAAGUCCUGGAGACCAAAUGGAACCUCCUUCAGCAGCAGACAACUACCACAUCCAGCAAAAAUCUUGAACCCUUCUUUGAGACCUACCUUAAUGCACUCAGGAAGCAGCUGGAUACCUUGAGCAAUGACAAAGGACGCCUUCAGUCUGAACUGAAGGCCAUGCAAGACAACGUGGAGGACUUUAAGACCAAGUAUGAAGAUGAGAUCAACAAACGCACAGCUGCUGAGAAUGACUUUGUAGUCCUCAAGAAGGAUGUGGAUGCUGCCUACAUGAACAAGGUGGAGCUGGAAGCCAAAGUAGAUGCCCUUAAUGACGAGAUCAACUUCUUGAGGGUCUUGUAUGAUGCGGAGCUGUCCCAGAUGCAGAGCCAUGUCAGCGAUACGUCUGUGGUGCUGUCCAUGGACAACAACCGCAGCCUGGACCUGGACAGCAUCAUUGCUGAGGUCCGUGCACAAUAUGAGGAGAUUGCCCAGAAGAGCAAGGCUGAAGCUGAGGCCCUGUACCAGAUCAAGGUCCAGCAGCUCCAGGUGAGAGUUGACCAACAUGGCGACAGCCUGAAGAAUACCAAGAGUGAGAUAGCAGAGCUCAAUCGGUUGAUCCAGAGGCUGCGGGCUGAGAUUGAGAACGUCAAGAAACAGUGCCAGACUCUGCAGGCAUCUGUGGCUGACGCAGAGCAGCGUGGAGAACUGGCUCUCAAAGACGCUGACACCAAGCGGACAGAGCUGGAGGCUGCCCUGCAGAAGGCCAAGGAGGAACUGGCCCGGAUACUGCGUGAAUACCAGGAGCUCAUGAACGUGAAAUUGGCCUUGGACAUUGAGAUUGCCACCUACCGAAAGUUGCUAGAGGGCGAGGAGUGCAGAAUGUCUGGAGAAUGCCAGAGUGCUGUGAGCAUCUCCGUGGUCGGUGGUAGCACCAGUGCUGGAGGCAUUGGCGGAGGCUUUGGCCUGGGCGGUGGCCUCUGCUCUGGCUCUGGAAGUGGCUUUGGAUUUGGCGGUGGAGUCUGCGGCAGUUCCAGCAGCAAGAUCAUCUCUACUACCAACCUGAACAAGAGAUCCUUCCGAUAG